CUGCGCACAUUUGGGACAUUCGUUUCUCGGUGUCGUCUUUAGUGUGGCCAUUGUGGUGUUCGGUGUCGGCAUAUAUCAACCAUCAACAUGGCAGUUUAACGGCGGGUGGCGGCAAUCUGCGCAGCGGCAUCAAACGGGCAGGGCAUCGGCGAAGUGCACUGGCGAUUUCGGGCAAAAUGGCGUCUCUCUUGGCAAUUCCCCUCAGCUUUGCUGCAGUCGACAGCAGUCCCGAACGUCUCGACUUGCGAACGUCCCCGCACUCGCUCGUACCUGCUUUAUCGCUGACCGCACGCCGCAGCCACGAUGCUCGCGUUGGAGGCCGUGGAGGCCCUGUGCUCAGGGCCCUCAUUUCUGAUGGCUGACCCAAUGGGGGCCCUUCUGGACCAAGAUGAAGAGGAAGCGCUUUCACCACCACCCUCCUCCUCCUCGCUCGGGGGUGAGGUCCCGGGUUCACCCCCCCUUUCCCUGUCCCUUUACCCCUACCAUGCCUUGCUGUCGCCCCCGUCCCCCUCCUUCCUGGAAGCCAAGGCGGCUGUCGACGUGACCUCUCUGCCCUGGCUGGCCGACGACGACGAUCUGCUCCGCGCCCACGUGGGAGCUCGCCAUGGCCAAGACCACGGCGAUGACUUCGCCGGCAUGGACUGGAUGACGGAGAAGAUCGACCUGAGCGACUUGGACCUGGAGUCGCUCAUCGGCUCCUGCUCGUCGGACGAGCCCCCCGCCAGCCCCGAGGACCUCUUGGCCUCCCUCCGCCCCCACGUGGAUCUGGACCCGGAGCCCUUCCACGUCAGCCACCCCGAAGACCCCGUGGGGGUGAUGAUGAAGGCGGAGCCCUGCUCCCCGGGCCCACCUCCUUCCCCGGGAUUCACCGAAGCGGACACCGAGUCGCCCAUCGCCACCAUCCGCCCGAAUGCCGAGCCCGCGUCGGAGGAGGUCUUCGUCAAGACCUCGCCGUCCAGCGAAUGCGACAGCGACUCGGGCAUCGAAUCUUCCGCCGGCUCGCCCCGCGCCAAACCCUACGCCAGACCCGAGCCCCUGUCCGGAUCUUCCUCGCCCUCCCCGAAAGCCAAGGUGAAGUCGUCGUCGGGCGCUCCCAAGGUGGUGGAGAAGAAACUGAAGAAGAUGGAGCAGAACAAGACGGCGGCCACGCGCUACCGCCAGAAGAAGCGCGUGGAGCAGGAGCAGCUCAACGUGGAGCGCGAGGCCCUGGAGACCAAGAACCGAGAGCUGGCCGAGCGCGCCGACGCCAUCGGCCGAGAGAUCCAGUACCUCAAGGACCUGAUGGAGGAGGUCCGCAAACGCCACCGCGGGAAGGUGAGCGCGGCGGCCAAAUAGGCGGACGACUUCGGUAAUGCGCCCGCGUGCCUCCCGCCCAAAUGUACUCCCCGCAAAAUUGGCCUUUAGGAAGAAAUGUCGGGGCGAACCGUUAGACGCGCGUCUUCAGAAAAGUCAACUAAAGGCGAAAAUGAAGUCCACCUGUAAAGGGUCGAAUCCAUCGUCUCAAGGUGUGCAUAAUGUCAACGUUCCGCAAUAGCGUUGGCUUGCGACUAAGGCCCUCCUUGAAAUCCGAACUGAGGCUCAAAUUCAAAUCAGUUUUGGUUGUCACCGCAUCCUGAAAAUCCACUUUCAUGAAUUUGUAUUUGACUUUGACCAACCUCGAGUGGAACCCACAAAUCCCCACCGCCUAGUUGCCAUAGCAACCUUCCUCUGGUCCAGAUAAGGGCCUCUCAAGUGUAUGAAUUUCCUUCAGGCCCGCCUGCGUGCGCAGCGUUUGUGUGUGUACAUAUUUUGUAGCUUUCCAAUGCAACUUCGUUAGCCGCCCAGGUUUUAUUUAAUUAAUGCUAAACGCUCAUGUCCCUCAAUAGUUUGCCGUGCUGUUAGCUUGUACAAAUGCGCUCGGAUGCCUUUCUUUGUCGCAACUGUUUUUCUAAUAAACUUUUCUUUAGUCUCAA